GUAGUUACUUUCAAGGCCGUUUGCUACCUUUGCGUUAUCAACUAUCGAUAUCGAAAACUAUAGAAUUGAGUGCUCCGAGCUUCCGUGUCCAUCUUGUUAUCACAGACUUCAUAUUCCUUGAAAUUUCAUGGUCUUCCCCGCGCCCUGAAUCAACCAUGCCACCGGUCCGUACAUCGCGCAACCGCAAACCACCACCAGAUGGCUUCGACGAAAUAGAAGACACACUGCUCGAAUUCAGCAACAAGAUGAAAGAUGCUGAAAAUGCAUCGCAUGACGGGAAGAAGAAACAUGAAAUGUUAUGGCCCAUUUUCCAAAUAAGCCAUCAACGUUCGAGAUAUAUCUAUGACCUUUAUUAUGAAAAAAAAGCCAUAUCAAAACAACUAUAUGAGUGGUUACUGAAGAACAACUACGCCGAUGCCAACCUUAUCGCAAAGUGGAAGAAACAAGGCUACGAAAAACUUUGUUGCCUUCGCUGCAUCCAAACUAAGGAAACGAACUUCAACGCCACCUGUAUUUGUCGAGUACCGAAAGCGCAGCUCAAGGAGGAUCAAAUGAUCCAAUGUGUCAGUUGCGGAUGUCGAGGCUGUGCAAGUAGCGACUAGGAUACUUAGAAUGAAGGGAAAGGUAAUAUAUACGUGUGUGUUUCUAUGGCUAAAGAAGUGCAUCACAAUGUUCAUACGCGCUUACCUUGCAUUUAGAAAUAGGUUGUGGGACGAUGGUCGGUUUGUUUUAUUUAAAACUGGGCGUUUGGGGACAACUGAAAAUUUUGGUGAUUCUGUUUCCCGGUCCU